UGGAUAUCUUUUUUUUCUGCGUUUUCACCUUGAAUACUCAAAAUGUGGUCCUUUUCGCGUAGCAUGGGAGCGUACACGUUAGUAUAAGGUAACAGAGAUAGGCAACGUCUUAUAUAUGGCAAUACUACGCUUAGUUAAUAGCAUUAGUGGCGUGUUUUUAUAUAACUUAAUAUGCUAACGAUUUAGCUUUGUAGCUAGUGGUAGCUGUUGGAUGGGAGCGCAUGUUUUGUUUCACCUGCCUGCACCGUCGGCGGGGUUUCACGUAACGUCGCUGCAAAGCUAAGUUUUCUGUUCAACGGAGGAAGCGCAACGUCAAAGUGAUCACAUUUACUUUUGUGUUAACCGACAGAUAUAUUAUGUGAUAAAUAUAACUGAAACGUUCUAAUGACGUCUCCAUUUAAAUGUUUCGACAUUGGUGCAGCCAGUAAAACGUUAAACACAGAGACCCUGGAAUUUUCUUUAUAUUGUGAAAAACUCAACGUUAGAAUAUUUUGAAAUAUGCUAUAAUUAAAUUACAAUUCCACAUAUAGAGGUUUAAAAUUCCUCAUUAAUUAUGGUAAUGUUCAAAAUAGCACAUAAAAAGACAUGAAGAUGCAGUAUGGCCAAAGGUGUGUUUGUUGAUAGCCAUGUCAACAUACUUCCUGUUUACCAUGGUUCAUGUCCCGGUGCACAAAGCAACAUCCAUGUUGCACCUCACGGAUGCUGUUGCUGAAUGAGCAGAAAUCCCUGCAGCCAGGUUCCAAAAUCAGGUGGAAAGAGAGUGGAGGCUAUUAUAGUAACAGCUAAAAGCCUAUGGUUUUGGAAUGACAUGUUCUACAUUUACAUCUGUUGUUUUGUUUGUCUGACCACAUACUUUUGGACAUCGUUUGUUGUAUCAAACAUUAGGGCAAGAUUUGACGUUAACUUUAUGUCCUUUUGUAUGAUUUUCGCUCAGAACUGUGUGUCACCCCCCUGAUCUGUGACAUAUCAUCACAGCUGCAGCUCCACCAUGAACACAAAAGCAUGCGUGUCUCUGCUCCAACUCUCCAGGAUGGGGUUCAGACCUUGUGCAUCCAAAGCCCCUCGCUGCUGUGUUGGGGCAGUGACUUCUACUCGUCUUCCACAUAUCUCACCCUACUCGCUUGUACCCUGUAGUCACUCUUACUCUAGCAACGUCAAGGUGCGCUCUUAUCUUCGGUACAUGAAACACAAGAUCAUGUCCCCUCCCAGUCCUCCGUACAGUCAUGUGUGUCAGGUAGGGGAUCCAGUGUUGCGUUCACAUGCUGCUGUUGUUGACCCAGCUGCUAUAACAAGCCCUGAGAUCCAACAGGUCAUCAACACUAUGGUGAAAGUGAUGCGUAAACUUGAAUGUGUGGGACUGAGUGCACCUCAGAUUGGGGUGCCACUCCGCAUCCUGGCCCUGGAAUAUCCUCAGAAGAUGUUGGAGGAGAGUUCGCCUGCAUCAAGGGAGGUCCGUGGUCUUUCCCUCCAGCCCCUGAGGAUCUUUGUCAACCCCCAGCUGAGGGUCCUGGAUGGACGGACUGUGCUCUUUCAGGAGGCCUGUGAGAGCAUCUCAGGGUUCUCUGCCACAGUUUCACGCUACCUCUCCGUGGAAGUGUCCGGUCUGAAUGAGAAGGGUGAAGCUGUAUCCUGGCAGGCCAGUGGCUGGCCAGCUCGUAUCCUCCAGCACGAGAUGGAUCACCUGGAUGGGGUCCUCUACAUCGACCGCAUGGACAGCAAAACCUUCAUCAACAUCAACUGGCAGGCACAUAAUGAAUAGAAGAUCCUCAGGACAAGCCAAAAACAUUUACAGAAGAACCUGUAAGAUGGAUGAUAGGAAUGAUUUGUGAAAACUCUUCUGGCUUGCAGAAAGGGAUGCAUUUUGGUUUCUGGUUGGAAUAACUGCUUCAACUGAAAAUCCAUCACUGCACUGGAAGUGUUUUUUAAGGUUGCUAGAAGCUGCAGGGCAGAAGCCCCCAAAGCAACAAUCUAUUUCACCUUAAAGUGCAAGCCAAGAGAGCCAUGUUCUGUGGAGCUCAGGUGUAUAUUUGAAGAAUAACGAGGCUGAUAUGAGUGAAUGAUAAAUGUGUGACCUUUGUCUGCCACCAUAACGAAUAAAUCCAACUGUGGUACUACGGGGAGGGGACAGAGGACUCUAGGACAUGACCCAGGAAAAACAGCAGAAAGAUUUAUUUGUUUAGAGAUCUGGCUUGCUGCUUUGGACAUUUAAUCAGCUUCUGUGUAAGCGUGAGUUGAGUGAAAAAUGACGGCUGGUCAGUUUCACCCAGGGUUCACUUAUAAGCAUGUCAGACUCCGUGACUUUCACAUGACCAGUAUUUGUCAGUGUUAUUACAAUGUAUUAUUAAAUAUUAUUAAAAUAUCUUUGUAUACUGUUUUUUGCAGUUUUGUCAGCAAAUUUUUUCAAAUCACAAAGAGUUUAACCGUAAAUUAGUGGACAGUUUUGAGCUGAACAGCAACCGAUUUGAUUUUGAUUUAAUCCAUCCAAUGAAAAGCAUGCACCUGCAAAUUUGAUUUAUUGGUUUAUAUAUUCUGUCACCAACAUUAAAAAGGCAUUUCUUUUAUGAAAAGGUAACAUUUUGAAACAUGUUUAAUACUGUGUAAAAGGCCGGUGUGAGAAUGCUUUCAAAAAUAGAAAUGUUCAUUGAUUAUAUUUGUCAAUUACCAAUUGCAACUUGAGUGAAUAAAAGAAAAAUCAAAUCAA